UUCGCUAGGCGCUGACGAUAAAUCUAACAUAUGGAUCAUCAAUGCAACUCAAAGAACAUUUGAAGCAGGAUUCGAUUGGACUCAGCAGACACAGGACAACGCAUUCCAUCGAGGAUUUAUCAGAUCACAGAUGUUUCCUCCAAAGUCACUCGUUCUCACUUUGGUAAUAAGCAUGUUGAUAUGCAUGUGUGUGUGUCGACCAAGCAUGGAAGCGAGGCCGAGAGCUUACCUUGAUAACGCCUCAAGAUUUCGUCGCAGUGGUGAAAUAAACCCAUGCGUUAAAAGUCGUAAGAUUGACGCGAAAACAGGCAUUAAGAUAGCAGAGUGCUACGAGUCUUCGCCAUUCGGGUGCACUCAGAACGUCUUUAAAACUGGAAGUACACUAUGCAAACCUGUCGUAGGCAAAACAAGAAAUGGAAACCAUCAAACUAUCAUUGACUGCGUAUGCGCAUAACAAGAGAUCGAGGCUGAAAAUAACUAUUACUGUUUCCAUGGUGACAGUUUCCAAGGCAAAGAUGAUGCUGUAUGGAUAGACCCUUCUCAAAAGUAUCGUGUAUGCGAGGCUUACAUGGAAAUACAAAAGAAAUCACACUUUGUCUCUAUAGAAUUUGUAGCAUUACUUAAGUAUUUCCAUGUUAACCUUGCAUUCAAGACAAGUUUAAGAAGGAUUUUUUGACUUCCUUUUAAUUGAUAACUGUUUAUUAUAGUCUACUUAUUUUUCACAGAUAGUGAACAAUUCUUUAGCCAAGAGAUUAAACAUGUUUUGAUAGUUAUUUGUAUUGUGGAUCAUUAAAAAUACCAAAAUAACUUUGA